AUGGACAGUGGCGUCGAAAUGGAAUCCCAGAUGGAGCUUACCAAGAAGAUGGUCGAAGAAUCUGAGGAAAGAAUCACGAAGCGAGUUCGAGAAAAUCAAUUGGACGUGGGAAGAAUGAUCCAAGACUCCGAGGAAAGAACCAUGGCACGAGUCCAGGGGAAUCAGAUGGAUGUCUUCGGGAGAAUGAUCCAACAGUCUGAAGAGAGAAUCAUGGAGGAGAGAAUCAUGCCACAGGCCGGAGAAAACCAGGCGGACGUUUUCAAGAGAAUGAUACAAGAGUCCGAGGACAGAACCAUGAUGCAGGUUCGACGCUCCCAGAUAGAUCUUCACAAGCGAAUGAUGCAAGAGUCCGAAGGGCGGGUAAUGGCACGGGUUCGAGCUUUGCUAGCUCGUUGUGGCCUCGCAUCCCGGGACCAGCAGGCAAUGAUCCAGGAAGGCUCAGAUCAUCCUAGACAUCAUGGUAAUAACAGAGGCCUUGGAUCGAUUUCUUCCGACGGACGCUCUCGAAAUGCCCUCCGGGACCAGGAUGCAAUGAUACAGCAAGGCUCGGAUCGUUACAGACACACCGGUAGUAACGAAGGCUUUGAAUCGAUUCCUUCUGACGCACGCUCUCGAAGCGCAUUCCGGCCUGCCAAACAAGACCUCUCACGGCAAAUGAAAUCACAGUUCUCUACUAUCAGAGACACGCUUCGGGACCAGAGCGUCACCGACACAGCGAGAGAAGGGUCCCGGUUGCCAGGAUGCAGGACAAGUUUCAAGAUUGCAGUCGACAUACUCUCAACAAAGCCUCCGGUUCGCUCUUAUCAGCUUGCCCAAAUUACUCGCCCUUGGUUUCCUGCAGAACUAACCAGAGAGAAGCAGGCCCAGUACGACAGCGACCAUAGAAUUGUAUCUGCAAUGAUUGAGCUGACAAGGUCGAUGGACGACAUGGGAGACAUGAUGAAUGAGUCGACACUCAAUCUCUGGAAUAUUACCAUCUUGGUUUAUCAAGAAUCUCCUUACUGGCUUCUCUCGGCUCACCAUGGAUUCUCGUGCAAAAAUGUAAAUGACCAGGUCGAGGUAGGGGAGAUAACCCACGAGGCUCUAUGGCCUCUCGAGUUCGUCCACCAACUGGCCAACAUUAUUGUGCACCCUUUUUUCGCCUGCCGCCCGAAUGGUGCAUUUUUUCGAUUGGCACUGCAGUUUGCCAUCGCUUGCCGUUACCCUUUCGCCUGCGCAUGGGACAUAUCCAACCUCGUGACAGAGUCGGGUAUCGAGUGCCCUUUGAUCGCCACAUUGCAGGAAGACAUGCUAGAGGCUGUUGCUAAGUCCACAGAUGAUGAUGGCUUACACCAAUUCGUCAUGUAUAGUGGUAUCACUGUGUACCAGAGACUUGGCCUCAUCUAUGAGGUCUUCGAGUCCGAUGAGCCCGAUUUGUCCCCGUCCAAGGAAGCCGAAUUUCUGUUGGAGUUGGGCCGCCUCAUUCCUGAGAUACCAGGCCGCGAGGCGAUUGAGGACUUGAAGCGUGGAGGCUUGGGCGAUAAGCGUUGCGUUUUCUUCGUCACCAAAGGCGACCUGGACAAGAUACAGCAAGCCUUGGAUAAGGUGGCGCCGGAUCAGUCGACUUCGGAGCAAGUGACAACUGUUAAGACGAGCGUUCACUCCGAGUUCAGAGCGAUCAGUCACGGGACGUUGAAAGAACAGAUGGAGGAUGCAUAUCGGCACGAAAUGCACCUUCGGAAGGCAUUCAACGACCGCACGGCGUUGCUGAACGGGGGUGUCCUGAUUUAG